AAGAGGACUGCGAGCACCGCGGCGGCCGGGUGUUGGGGGUGAGUGGGGCCAGCGGGGCUGGACAGCGGCGGGCCCCGGGCGCCGCCGCCGCGAUCCCUCCCCGCGCCCCCCGAGCGCAUCGCCGCCGCCGAGAUGGGCCCUCCGCGGCACCCCCAGGCCGGCGAGCUAGAAGCGGGCGGUGCGGGCGGCGGGCGGCGGCUACAGGUGGAAAUGAGUUCUCAACAGUUUCCUCGAUUAGGAGCCCCUUCUACUGGGCUGAGCCAGGCCCCUUCUCAGAUUGCAAACAGUGGUACUGCUGGAUUGAUAAACCCAGCUGCUACAGUCAAUGAUGAAUCUGGUCGAGAUUCUGAAGUCGGUGCCAGGGAGCACAUGAGUUCCAGCAGCUCCCUCCAGUCCCGGGAGGAGAAGCAAGAGCCUGUCGUGGUAAGGCCCUAUCCACAGGUGCAGAUGUUGUCUACACACCAUGCUGUCGCAUCAGCCACACCUGUUGCAGUGACAGCCCCGCCAGCACACCUGACGCCAGCAGUGCCACUUUCAUUUUCGGAGGGACUUAUGAAGCCGCCCCCGAAGCCUACCAUGCCUAGCCGUCCCAUUGCUCCUGCUCCACCUUCCACCCUGUCACUUCCGCCCAAGGUUCCAGGGCAGGUUACCGUUACCAUGGAGAGUAGCAUCCCUCAAGCUUCAGCCAUUCCUGUGGCAACAAUCAGUGGACAACAGGGCCAUCCCAGUAACCUGCACCACAUCAUGACUACAAACGUGCAGAUGUCUAUCAUCCGCAGCAAUGCUCCUGGGCCCCCUCUUCACAUUGGAGCUUCUCAUUUACCUCGAGGUGCAGCUGCUGCUGCCGUGAUGUCCAGUUCUAAAGUAACCACAGUCCUGAGGCCGACCUCGCAGCUGCCAAAUGCUGCUACUGCUCAGCCAGCAGUGCAGCACAUCAUUCACCAACCAAUCCAGUCUCGGCCACCUGUGACCACCUCCAAUGCCAUCCCUCCUGCUGUGGUAGCAACCGUCUCAGCCACCAGAGCUCAGUCUCCAGUCAUCACUACGACAGCGGCACAUGCUACUGACUCAGCACUUAGUAGGCCAACUUUGUCUAUCCAGCACCCACCAUCUGCAGCAAUCAGUAUUCAGCGUCCUGCCCAGUCACGAGAUGUCACAACAAGAAUCACACUACCAUCUCACCCUGCAUUAGGGACGCCAAAACAGCAGCUUCAUACAAUGGCUCAGAAAACGAUCUUCAGUACUGGCACCCCAGUGGCUGCAGCCACAGUAGCACCUAUUUUGGCAACCAACACCAUUCCUUCAGCGACUACAGCCGGAUCUGUGUCCCACACGCAGGCUCCCACCAGUACCAUUGUUACCAUGACGGUGCCCUCCCAUUCCUCCCAUGCUACUGCUGUCACCACCUCGAACAUCCCCGUCGCCAAGGUGGUGCCCCAGCAGAUCACACACACUUCUCCUCGGAUCCAGCCGGACUACCCUGCCGAGAGGAGCAGCCUGAUUCCCAUCUCCGGACAUCGGGCCUCUCCCAAUCCUGUGGCCAUGGAAACCCGAAGCGACAACAGACCGUCUGUUCCUGUUCAGUUCCAAUAUUUUUUGCCAACUUACCCUCCUUCUGCAUACCCACUGGCGGCACAUACCUACACCCCAAUCACCAGUUCCGUGUCCACUAUCCGACAGUAUCCAGUUUCAUUUUUUUUUUUUUUCUCUGCCAUCACAGCUCAGACUGGCGUGGGGGUAGCUUUUUUUUUUUUUUUAAACCCCAUGCAGUUGAUGACAGUGGAUGCAUCACUUUUUUUUUUUUUUCAAGGGAUCCAGCCAGCACCCAUCAGUACCCAGGGCAUCCAGCCGGCCCCCAUCGGGACCCCAGGGAUACAGCCCGCACCACUUGGUUUUUUUUUUUUUUACUCAGCAACCCCAAUCAACACACAAGGGCUUCAGCUUUUUUUUUUUUUUACUCAGCAGCCUCAGCCGGAAGGAAAGACUUCAGCAGUGGUGUUGGCAGAUGGAGCCUUUUUUUUUUUUUUCCCUAUUAGCAAUCCAUUCAGUGCUGCUCCAGCAGCAACAACCGUGGUGCAGACCCACAGCCAGAGUGCUAGCACCAACGCUCCCGUUUUUUUUUUUUUUCCGCGGCCAAGCAUACUGCGCAAGAAACCUGCCACUGAUGAUGCCAAACCCAAGUCUGAAAUCCACGUGUCUAUGGCCACUCCCGUCACUGUGUCCAUGGAGACUGUAUCCAAUCAAAAUAAUGAUCAGCCUACCAUUGCCGUCCCUCCAACUGCCCAGCAGCCUCCACCGACCAUUCCAACUAUGAUUGCAGCAGCCAGUCCCCCAUCACAACCAGCUGUUGCCCUUUCAACCAUUCCUGGAGCGGUCCCCAUCACUCCACCCAUCACCACCAUUGCAGCUGCACCACCUCCAUCAGUCACUGUGGGUGGCAGUCUGUCCUCCGUCUUGGGUCCUCCUGUUCCUGAAAUUAAAGUGAAAGAAGAAGUAGAACCAAUGGAUAUCAUGAGGCCAGUUUCUGCAGUUCCUCCGCUGGCUACCAACACUGUGUCUCCAUCUCUCUCAUUGCUGGCAAACAACCUGUCCAUGCCUACAAGUGACCUACCACCUGGUGCCUCCCCAAGGAAGAAGCCUCGAAAGCAACAGCACGUGAUCUCGACAGAAGAAGGUGACAUGAUGGAGACAAACAGCACUGACGAUGAGAAGUCCACUGCCAAGAGUCUUCUGGUGAAGGCUGAGAAGCGCAAGUCUCCUCCCAAGGAGUAUAUUGAUGAGGAAGGUGUGAGGUAUGUCCCAGUGCGUCCAAGACCCCCCAUCACUUUGCUUCGUCACUAUCGGAACCCCUGGAAAGCUGCUUACCACCACUUUCAGAGGUACAGUGACGUCCGGGUCAAAGAGGAGAAGAAAGCUAUGCUGCAGGAAAUAGCUAAUCAGAAAGGAGUAUCCUGUCGUGCUCAAGGCUGGAAAGUUCACCUCUGUGCCGCCCAGUUACUACAGCUGACGAAUCUAGAACAUGAUGUCUAUGAAAGACUUACCAACCUGCAGGAAGGGAUUAUCCCAAAGAAAAAAGCAGCAACCGAUGAUGAUCUCCACCGAAUAAAUGAACUGAUACAGGGAAAUAUGCAGAGGUGUAAACUCGUGAUGGAUCAAAUCAGUGAAGCCAGAGACUCCAUGCUUAAGGUUUUAGAUCAUAAAGACCGCGUCCUGAAGCUUCUGAACAAGAAUGGGACUGUCAAAAAAGUGUCCAAAUUGAAGCGAAAGGAAAAAGUCUAGACCCAGAAGAAUCAGGAGUUUGGAAGCAAAUUGAUGAAGAAUGAUGGUGGGGGUGGGGGGAGGGUUUUGGUUUUCCAAAGUGGAACUUUGAAAUAAAGGAAGUGUUCCUUAGUUCACAUGUGAAAGCAGAGGGCCCCGUGACAUCCAGUGGCAUGAAAGGAUCAGAGCUGACUGGACACAGUGAGCCGCCUUCUUGCGUUCGGGGCACCCCUGUUAAACCUGCUCUGUGUCAUAAGUGACUCCGGAUGCGUCAGUGUCCACCAGUUGGAAGCAAUGACACGGAUGGCUGGCUGGGGUCGUUCAGCCUCCCGGUUCAUAGACUGUAUUUACCUAGUGGAUUCCUGCAGGCCCCAUACUCAGCCUGGACUGAAAGCAUCCACUCGGACCAUCUGUUAUCUCUCUACACUGAAAAUAAAACCUCUUCCACCCACCCCAUUCGGUUCUUCUGCCUGACCUUCAAAUGCCCACGUUGGCCUUUUACAGCAGUGCCACGGCACCAAGCGAGCUGCCGCAUCUCACACUCUAAAGGGUUUGAACUAUUAGUUCUUGUCAUUUUUUUAAAGGAACCAUUCCCAAGUGAAAUUGUUACAUCGUCUGUCUUGCGUGUGUCAGAAUUGGGUUUUUGUGGAGGUUCAGAGCAGGCAACACCGUAAGGUGCUCUCAGAUCCUUGUUCUGAAGUACAUUCUCUUGGUUCUCUGUACUUCUGUAGCUGGUGUGAUGCUGUUAAUCGUAUGUACCACACAUCUCCAGACGUUAAUAAAGGACUCAAAGAGGUUUUUGUA